UCCGGCAACGUCGCUAGUCUAUUUCGUUUGCUUUGCGCCUCCUCGUUCGCGUCAAUUGUUUAUACAGUUUUUGGUAAAUAAACUGCCAAAACCGCGGCUUAAAUGUGCAAGGAGCUGUUCUGGCAUACCUUAAAGCUGUUCCCCUUCGAACUCACGUGAUACGUGCCCCGUGCGUGUGAUCGCGACCACGCACAUGGACCAGCAGACGCCGACGACGCCGUCAAAGAAGCGCAGACACAGCGAGUACCAUGAUCCGGACUACCACCAGACGGAGCCACCUGGUCAGCAGCAGCAUGAACCUGUGGCGGCCGUGGAGUCGAAACGGCUCAGGGUGGAGCAGGAGACGCCGGAAAAUAAGGCGAAGCCGCAAUCCGCCGAGACUAUGCGUCGUAUCUGCGAGUUGGUGCGUCAGGAGUUCCAGUGUGAAAUCACCCAAAAGAUCGAGCAGCUAACCGAGAUCGAUCGGCGACUGCUCCAAGCCCGCCAGCUACUGGACAGGCUACGCUACCUGGUGGUCAGCGAGUACUACCAGAAGCAACAGGUUCCCCUCAACGCCGCCGACGUGGCCAAGGUGCGGGGCGACAGUCUCUUCGCGGACGAGGGCUCUCUGCCGCAGUUGCCUCUGCAUCCAGCCAUAAAGAAGAUUGUGGGCAAGCGGCCGAUUCCCAUACAGAAUCAUCUACCAGAACGCACAGCAGCGACGCUAGCGAAGCAAACGAUCAGGCUGCGGAAUCCGGCACAUCGGCGGGCGGAAAGACGGCGACAGCAAAAGAUACGGGAUCAAGGCAUAGUCAUCGAUCACUCAAAGGUCACAUCCGAUCAGCAGAAGCCGGAAGCAGCACCCGUUGCUGUGAAGCUGGAGGACGAGCAGCCGUGCACCAGUCGACAGGCGUACGAAAGGCAGUUGGAGCUGAAUGCCUCGCGGCUGAACAACAAGAACAAGUUUAACUUUGUGGUGGGCAACACAUCCAAAUAUAUUGGCGAAGGCCUCCGGGAGAGCUCCAGCGAGGGCCAAGCUAUGAUAUACAAGUGGUUGGUCUAUGUGCAAGGCAAAGAUCUUCCCCAACCCCUGAACACAUACAUCAAGAAGGUGCGAUUCCAGCUGCAUCACUCGUACCGGCCCAACGACAUUGUAGACGUGCACAGUCCACCGUUUCAACUGUCUCGACACGGCUGGGGCGAAUUUCCCAUGCGCAUCCAGCUGUUCUUUCAGGAAGCCCUGCAAGAGAAGCCCGUCCAACUGAUGCACACGGUUGUGCUCGACAAGAGCAUGUCAGGCCUGCACACGAUGGGGGCGGAGACCACGGUGGAGAUCUGGCUAAAAGCGGAACAGGCGUUGACAAAUCGUCAACCUGAUAAACCUACGUCCACUUUCCAUCUGCCUCCUGCAUUGGCUGCUCUUCCGGAACCAGCACCGUCUUUGGAUUCCUGUAAGCCGCGCACCAUAUCAAUCACUCAAAAUAAGGAAGAGCUGGAUGACAACCUCUUUGCGGGCAUCAACAAGAUUGAGCUGAGCGAUGAUAUCGAGCAGAUCGAACCCACUGUCCUGGUUUCGGAGCCCCUGAAGCUCAGCUACAGCCCGAGAAAGCAGCAGCCAGCCACCCCGCCCAGGCCUCAGCUUCGAUUGAAUGCCGCACCAGUGAGUGCUUCCCGGCCCUCAGUCGUCUAUCUGCCGGUAAACGGUAGAGCUCAGAAGCAGGAAUCUUUGCGAGAACAGGAACACAGGCCAGAAGCCUCACCCCAAAGGCGGUGGCAGGAGUCCCCACCAGAAAGGCCUCUCAUAAAGCCAGUGCACAAUGGCCAUCACCAAAGAAAGAAAAACAUGGUAUUUCAGAAAGCCGGUAAGCUGUACAUCAUCGAUCCUCAGCAGCGAAAGCUAAAGCAGUCCGCGAAGCAGCAAUCGCUACUGAAGCCGCAACUGAGUCUGCUCAAGGCACCGACUGCGAUGCGCUGGCAUCUCCUGCAGUGCAUCCAGCACGAUCACGGAUAUGCGAAUAUGAGCACGAACGACGUGGACGAGAAGCCAAUAUUUCUGCACAGCGUCACAACACCAAUUUCUACCUCUUCCUUGCAAACCGGACCUCGUCGAUUGCAACAGUCCUUUGUCGGCGUAAAGUUCUGGAGCAUGCGCAGUGCCGUGGAGUUCCUGCUGCGUCGAAUGCCGCUUGCAAAAAUAAAUCACAAGGCGGAAGAAGAGUAUCCAUUCACCUGCUCCACUAUGGAAGCAUUUCAAGCCAAAACUGCUCUUAAACAACGGUGUUACGAAUACCUGCGGGCCCGCGUUCUACGUCGCUACCUCACGCAGCACCUCAAGCUGCAGCAGUUGGAUGCCAGUGGUAGGGAACACUACUGGAGCUUACGAGAGAUCGUGGGAUUCGCCCGCGUUCACGGUUACACGCCUCCACUUAAAAUGCUAACGUCCGGCGGGGAAUCGGAGCAGAAUCGAAAGCCGGGAGCUGAAGAACAGCUAGCUCAGCGGGUGCAGGAGCAGCUGAAGGAGGAGCCACAGCCGCAACUGUCGGCCUACUGCAGUCUUAGCACCAGAAAUCGGCUGGACGCUUGGAUGGACAAGCAAAGGCUACUUCUGAAGGGGCACGAUCAAAAGAUGCUGGAUCAGGAAUUCAUCGAUGUGUUGGGUGUGGACAGACUUCAUUCCGAAGACAACUCCAAAAGAAGGGAUCGAAGAAGUAGAUCCCUCCAAGAAGUGAAUAGCCGAACCCAGCUUUGCCUGCCUCCGCCAGAUUAUCUGGAUUCGGAGGCACAACUGGUUCAGGUCAUGUGCAAGGAUAUAAACAUAACACUGGAGCCGGAGGAGUCUCUGCCAGGCGUCUCCCAGCCCUUGGCGCUCUCCCUGAUGGCACACGUGCUGCGCACGUUUGUCGACCGAUUAGUACGCCGCUCAGUGGCGGUCAAACUGCAGCAGGAUACGAUGGAACAGCUUCCGUCGCCAGCGGCCAAUGCGUCUCUAUGCCUGCAGCCACACGACAUCGGCCGGGCCAUCGAUCAGUGCCCCGAGCUCGACUUUUUGGGCAAUACUCACCUGGGCGUUCAGCCCAUGGAGCCACCAACCUAAUCACGGGAUGCCAUAGCCCAAAAUCAUUUAACUGUACGUUCGAUUACGCAUACAUAUUAGUUCAAAUUCUGCUGGGAUAUUAGUCGAUAUCUAAAUAGUCUCUUGUACUAGUUCGUAAGCAUAAGGAUAGGCAAUAAAUUAAAUAAUUUUUAUACUUGAA